AUGACCGUCAAGACAACCUCCCUCCUCCUCAACAUCCUCUACGUCACAGGCUUGGUCCUAAGUGCCCCAACGCCGAAAACCGCCCUCUCAGAGCCCCUUGCCGCCCUCACAAAGCCCUCACAACCCCAGACUCCAUCUUCAUCCGACCGGGCCUCAUCCCCAUGGGCCAACGAGAAGCGAGCUCGCGUCUUCAGAGUCGACAGGGCCUUUUUGGAAAAGCUAUCCAAGAGCAACAAGCCCUCAAAAUACUUUCUCGACGCAACGCUCGAUCUGAUUGAGACGAGCCAGGACAUUGAAGGGGUUCCCGUCUUUGCCGGUGACAAGGGGAAGACGGUCACCAUUGAUCCCAACGGCGACCUGAUGGCGUCGUAUGGCUCGGAAAAGUUUGUUCCUGUUUGGGGCCACGAAGGGAAGCAGCACCAUCAUCGUCCUGCUCAUGCCCUUGGCCAGAGAUUUGCCUUUUUCAUCCUGGGCUUCUCUCUUGCUCUGGCCAUCAUCUGCUCCUGUAUGAGGAAUCUAUGCUCUCAGGAAGAUCUCGAAACAAGUGGUCCUGCCUCUGAUCCAAGUACGACCGAAAAGGAGACGUCCUUGGAAGUCCGGAACGAGAAAGUCUAA